GACAGGGCGGACUCACCCUCCUCCGGGCUCGAACCUCGCAGCUCGCUUAUCGCGGUUCCACAUUCUGAAGUAAAAGGACGAACAAGUUACAUCCGGUUCUGUCUCGCACGCGGGCUGAGCUCGUCGUGGCCGCGCCUGUCUCGGAGCGCGCUCCCGGCGACUGGAUAUUUCUGCCCGCAGACGCCUGAAGAGCUCAGAUGAGAGGCGAGUGGCGCAGGAGGAGCGAGCCCAGAGGAGCAGCGGCCGCCGCCUGAUGAGCCAGAACCUCGGCGGAACCGGCGGCCCCGGCUGGGCUCCCGGACUCCCGCGGAUCUGAAGCACAAGUUCCGCCAUGGUUCUCGGGAAGGUUCGGGCCCUGGCGGUCCACUUUGACUCUCUCAACCCGAGCAACCUGCCGGUGUUCUCCGGGGGGGAGCUGGUGUCGGGCCGGGUGCUGGUCCAGGUGACCGGGGAUGUGCGGGUCCGGAGUCUGGAGGUGACGGCCAGGGGGGUCGCCAAGGUGCGCUGGACCGAGUCGCGGAACGCCGGGGCCAACACGGCCUACACGCAGAACUACACGGAGGAGGUGGAGUACCUGCGCCACCGGGACACGCUGAUCGGGGAGGACCGAGACGCAGACUGUCCGGAGGAAGGGCUCGCGCUGCUGCACGCGGGCUUGCACGAGUUUGCCUUCAGCUUCAGCCUUCCUCAGAUGGCUCUGGCCACGUCCUUCGAAGGGAAGCACGGCAGCGUCAGGUACUGGGUGAAAGCCGAGCUGCACCGGCCAUGGAUGCUGCCGGUGCGAGCCAAGAAGGAGUUUAUCGUCUUCGAGCACAUCGACAUCAACACGCCGCUGCUGCUGGCUCCUCAGGCCGGGACCAAGGAGAAGACACUGUGCUGCUGGUUCUGCGCCUCAGGUCCCAUCUCUCUCAGCGCCAAGAUCGAGCGGAAGGGCUACACCCCAGGAGAGUCCAUCCAGAUCUUUGCCGAGGUGGAGAACUGCUCGUCCCGGGUGGUGGUGCCCAAGGCGGCGCUGUACCAGACCCAGACCUUCUUUGCCAAGGGGAAAGGCAAGCAGAUCCAGCAGCUGGUGUCCAACCUGCGGGGCGAGGCGCUGGCCCAGGGCAGGAGCCAGAGCUGGGAGGGCCGGCUGUUGAAGAUCCCGCCCGUGUCCCCGUCCAUCCUGGACUGCCCCAUCAUCCGGGUGGAGUACGUGCUGGUGGUGUACGUGGACGUGCCGGGCGGCUUGAACCUGUCGCUGUCACUGCCGCUGGUGAUCGGGACCAUCCCGCUGCACGCCUGCGCCUCCCGCACCUCCAGCAUCAGCAGCAGCUGCAGCAGCGCCCCCAGCUGGCCGGGCCUGGCCCAGCGGCCUGAAGCUCCGCCCAGUUACAGCGACCUGGACAUCUCCGAGUCUCAGAGGCGAGUCCUGCUGCGCGGGUGCGAGCCGCCGCCACUGCCGCGGCACGAGGACGAGUCCGGGCCGCUGCUGACCUUCAUCACCGAGUUCAGAUACCUGCCGCCACCGCUGUACGCCGAGGUGGACCCGUACCCCGAACCAGCCGAGCCCAGCAGGCCUGACCCGUGUCCGUCCCGCUGAGCGCUCAGACUCGGACCCGUCGCCCUUUGAUUGGCAGGGACUCGGACCUUCUGACCAAGUGUCUUCUGACCGUGGCCAGUGAUUGACAUCUGGGGCGAGACGUCUGGUCGGCGAGUCGCUCCAGGUCAAACUGGUCGGCGAGUCGCUCCAGGUCAUGUCAGGCACUUCAUGAAUGGUGUGUGUGUCACAAGCAAAGCAUUUACUCUCGACAAACCAAACACACACUAGUGACCACGCACAGGUCGUGUGUGUGUGUGAGGGAGCGCCCCCUCCUGGUGUCCUCUGAAUGUUUACACUCGAUCUUCCUCCUCAAGUGCAAUAAGAGAGUCUAUUUUUGUAUCGGAUCGUGUCGCCGCCAUCUUUGUUUCCUCGCUGCGUCGAUUCCACGCCUGUUUUCUAACCGCUGACUUUUCUAAAUAAACUCUAUUUUAUCGACUUGCCGUGUCUUCCUGGUCACAUGACCGGGCUCUGGAGCCAGCGGAGCCAAGGUCGCCGUGGUGACCUUCAGGCGGCAGCAGACUCUGGUCACAUGACCGUGUUUUGGCUUCGCCGCUGAUCGACACCAGCCGGUGGGAACUGGACGCCGCAGGUCACGUGAGCCCCAGCCGACACCCGACACUCACCGGAUCCACGUGAGCGAGGAAUGAACCCCCGGACCUCACCCUGGAAUCCACCACGGAAAUAAACCACCGCCCUUAUGGAGGCGAAGACUACUGAUGCUGUUGCUGCUACUGCCACUGUAGUACCACUCACUGUAGUACCACUCACUGUAGUACUACUCACUGUAGUACCACUCACUGUAGUACUACUCACUGUAGUACCACUCACUGUAGUACUACUCACUGUAGUACCACUCCAAUCACAAGUGUAGAACUGACGCUACUACGACUACCACUGACUCCACUUCUAUUGGUACUACUGCUAUUACUACUACUACAACUGAUACUGCUAGUAAUACUUUGACUGAUGCUGGUACUAGUGCUUAUACUAGUGCUGAUACUGCCACGCGGUGGCGCUGCUUCGACUGACUGUACU